UUCCAUCUUGCUUUCAUUUCCACUAUGGAGUUUCCUUACCUAUCCAUCUUUAUUUUACUCAAUCUUGUACUUGUAACCCAUGCUCAUGCUGACUUUCCCUGUGAAUUGUACUGGAAUUUCAAACUUCCCACAACUCAAAUGCCAAAAGCCAUUACUGAUCUCCUUUACCCAGCUGCAGGUAAUGGAAAAGUAAAUGAUGAUAUAGGAGCUGAAGUCAGUGAAACACAAUUACAUGAUAAUGAAACUAUGGGCUUGUUCUUUUUGGAAAAGGACUUACAUCAUGGUACAAAAAUGAACAUGAAAUUCAAAAAGAACUCAAAUUAUGGAAAAACUUUCUUGCCUCAAGAAGUUGCUAAGUCCAAUAUUCCCUUUUCAUCAAACAAAUUAGUGGAAAACAUCCUUAACAUGUUUUCAAUCAAGCAUGGAUCAAAAGAGUCUGAAAUUGUGAAAAACACAAUUAGUAUAUGUGAGGAAAAAACUUGUGUAACAUCAUUAGAAUCAAUGGUUGAUUUCGCUACUUCGAAACUCGGAAAAAAUGUUGAAGCUAUUUCAAUAGAAGUGAAUAAAGAAAGUAUUGAGUUACAAGAAUAUGUAAUAGCAAAAGGAGUGAAAAAAUUGGGAGAGGAUAACAAAGUUGUUGUGUGUCACAAAGUGAAUUAUACUUAUGCUGUGUUUUAUUGUCACAAAAUAGAUGGAACUAAAGUUUACAAUGUUCCUUUGGAAGGUGUUGAUGGAAACAUGGUUAAAGUUGUUGCUAUGUGUCACAAUGAUACAUCUCAAUGGAACCCUAAACAUAUUUCUUUCCAAGUACUCAAAGUUCAACCUGGAUUUGGUCCAAUUUGCCACUUUGUCACACAGGAACAUGUUGUUUGGGUUUCUAAGUAAAAAUACCAUUUUGAUCCAUAAUAUUACAUUACACACAUAUAUCUUUGAAUAAUAACAGGUAUAUU